CAAUGGAUGACAAAUAAAUACGGAGACACUGCGUAAAAUUGACAUUUCGAAUUUCGCUUGCUUUGAAGUACUUUAAAAGGAAAAUACGAUGCGGAUUUUAAUAGUGCUAUCGAGUUUGGUUGCUGUUGGUUUGUGUGUCGGAGGAUGGACACAGCAAGACCCAACAGACCAGCAAUGGUGCGAUAGUUUGACACAACUGGCGAGCCAAGUCAGCUCGCUCUCGUUCGCAAAUGGAUGCCCAAAAAUUAGUGACGUCAGCACGCAGGUUGUCAGUGGGAUGAACUACAAGAUCAGAUAUGAAGAUGCUGGAAAGACUUGCACCAUUCAGUACUACGUUCAAUCUUGGACCAACACCUACACAGUCAAUAAGCACAUCUGUGCUGCACAGCCAGCGCAUGCUGUGGAGAACAGCCACCCAAUGAUGGGCGGUGAUUUCCAGCAGGACCCAACCAAGGCAGAGUACACAGACCUCUUGUUCAACUUCACGGACGCUGGACUCCUGUCCCAGGAUUCCAUGAAUGGACUCCUCAUCACCAAGGUCGCCACACAGGUUGUUGCAGGAAUCAACUACAAGUACACCAUUCAGAUGGGUUCACAAUCAUGUCACCUGACCCUGUUCGUACAAAGCUGGACAACGACUAAUGAGGUGACCACAGACUCCUGCAACCUGAAGGCCACCGCUAAACGCCAGGUGGGUGGUUGGACCAACCAGGACCCAUCUGACCAGCACUACGCAGACGUCCUGGUCAAGUUUACCAAACAGGGCGGUCUGAACGCUGAUUACGCCAACUGUAAGAUAACCGCUGUUCAGACACAGGUUGUCAGUGGAACAAACUACAAGUACACCCUCCGCUGUGCUGAUGGGCGAGUGUGCCAUCUUCAGCUGUAUGAGCAGACCUGGACACACACUUACACAGUCACGUCAGAUCACUGUGACAUGGCAGCUAGACAGCUUGUGGGAGGCUGGCAACCAGUCACGGACCAGUCUGACGAGGGGUUCCAGAAGUGUGUCAAGGCCACUGUGGACGGUAUCAACGCCCGCUCCAACUCCAUGUUCCGUGUUGUCGAGUCCAAUGUUCAUGCGAGGUACCAGGUUGUGAAGGGAAUCAAGUACGACAUCACCCUGUCUGCCGUGGAGUCCACCUGCAUGAACUCUGGCACCUCUGCAGGCCUUCUCGCAGUGGACUGCCCAGCUAACACAAACAGCAUCACCCAUCCAACCAAGUGGCACUCGGUGUGUGUGUACGAGGCCUGGGCCAGCCAGCCUGUGACCCUCCUCAGUCUCAACAUGCCCACUGAAGAAGAAAUUUCUCCCACAGCUGAUACCAACCAGCCAACUGUGGUGAAGUUGGCGAAAACAAAACUCAGUGAUCUGCCCUUUGUGCAAGAUAUCAAGGACAGAGCUUCAAACAUCCUUGGUGGAGAUGCCAACGAACUGUUGACUCAGGGCAAAAAACUUCUUGGUCCAGAUGGUCAUGAUCUGGUUGAUCAUCUUAAAAACUUUGAAUCCAACAUUGACACUGAUGCAAUUGUUGAUACUGGUCGUAAGCUGCUAGGAAAGAAUGGCCAGGAAUUGGUUGAGCAUGCUAAGAAUCUUCUUGGAGGAGGUGACAAUCAUGACCUGGUAAACCACGUGAAAGAACUGCUUGGUAAAGAUGGUCAUAAUUUGGUUCACAUUGGAAUUGAUAGAUUGCUUGGUGGAGAUGGACAUGAUGUAGUAGAACAUGCAAAGAAUACGAUUGGAGGGGAUGGACAUGAUAUGGUAGAACAUGCAAAGAAUCUGAUAGGAGGGGAUGGACAUGAUGUGGUAGAACAUGCAAAGAACCUGAUUAGUGGAGGUGGACAUGAUAUUGUAGAACAUGCAAAGAAUUUGAUUGGUGGAGAUGGACAUGAUAUGGUAGAACAUGCAAAGAACCUGAUUGGUGAACAUGGACAUGAUAUGGUAGAGCAUGCAAAGAAUCUGAUUGGUGGAGGUGGACAUGAUGAUUGUCAUAUUGGAAUGUUUAAGGAUUUCAAGGCUAAGUUCAACAAACUCUAUGACUCACCCAAAGAGGAGGAGAAAAGGUUUGCAGUGUUCUGUGAUAACAUGCGGACAGCCCAUAAGCUGCAAGAGACAGAGAAUGGAUCAGCUGUCUAUGGGGCCACAAAGUUUGCUGAUCUUACAAAGGAGGAGUUCAAGCGUAACGUUGGCAAGAAAUGGGACACGGAGGCCAAUAAUUGGAUGAGAAAGGCGUCCAUCCCUUCAGGGUCCAUACCAGACAACUUUGAUUGGCGCGACCAUGGGGCCGUGACACCUGUCAAGAAUCAGGGCUCCUGUGGCAGCUGCUGGGCGUUCUCAACCACAGGAAACAUUGAGGGGCAGUGGGCUAUCAAGAAGAACAAGCUGCUCUCUCUCUCAGAGCAAGAGCUGGUUGACUGUGACAAGGUUGAUGAAGGAUGCAACGGUGGGCUGCCAUCCAAUGCCUAUAAAGAGAUUGAACGCUUGGGUGGCCUGGAGACUGAGACAGACUACAAGUACAAAGGAGAGGACGAGAAGUGUCACUUCAACCGCUCUGACGUCAGCGUCUACAUCAACGACUCUGUGGCCAUCUCCUCUGAUGAACAUGAGAUGGCUGCCUGGCUCAUAGCCAAUGGUCCUAUCUCUAUUGGUAUCAACGCCUUUGCUAUGCAGUUCUACAUGGGAGGUAUUUCCCACCCCUGGAAGUUCCUCUGUAACCCCAAGGAUCUGGAUCACGGGGUGCUGAUUGUUGGAUAUGGCGUCGAUGGCAGCAAGCCCUACUGGAUUGUCAAGAACAGCUGGGGACCUGACUGGGGCGAGAAGGGCUAUUACCUGGUGUAUCGUGGGGCUGGUGUGUGUGGACUGAACACUAUGUGUACGUCAGCAGUUGUCAACUAGACAUGAACACCAUGUGUACGUCCUUGGUUGUCGACUAGACAUGAUUUCUGUUUACACUCACAGAACAGUUUGGAAUGCUAUGUGUGAUACAAUGUUGACAAUGAAGACGUCAAGGUGAAGAAAGGAUCCAAUUUCCAAUGUUUACAAUGUUAUUUUUUAUGUGUAUCUAUAUUUUUUGUUGACUUGUUAUAACCAGAUUUGAUCACUGCUUUUUUAUGUAUAUACAUAUUUGUGUUGACAGUUAAUAUUAAAUUGUGCAUGAAAUGGUUGAAAGUUACUAUUGUUACACAUUGUAAAUAUAACUUAUUGCAGUUUAAUUAUAUAAGUUUUCAAAUGUUUUGUUUGUAAAAUGGUUGAAUUUUUAUCUAGUUGUAACAAAGGUAUGUACAAUGUUUGGAUUUCAACAAAAUUAUUUAAAGGGACUAUAGUUAUAAAUAUACUUAUUGUUGUCACAUAGUAUCAUCUGAAGAUUUUUUUUUCUUCUGUGAUGUAAUAUGUACUGCUGGUUGUAUUAUAGUAAAAUUUCAACAAAACAUAACUUGAACUUUAUGUUCGUAUUAAUAUUUUUACACGAUGUUGGUUAUUGUAUCAGGAAUAUUUUUAAUGUGAGAAAAAAACCUUUAGCAUAAUACCGAUUUUGGGUUUGUACAAAUAAUAUUCCAUAAGAUAUUUAUCAUGAGCUUGUUAUUGUAUUUGUUUCAAUUUAUCUUCAAUACUAAGUACACCAUUUUCCUUAAACAUUGGGUUCCAUGAGGUGUUUUUGUAUGCUAGUGUGUAUAUAUUUGUUUGGACAUAACAAUUCAAUAAUCCAGGUCAAGAUUUCAAUGUGUAAUCUGGAAACUAAUUGAGUUGAAAUAGUAUAAAUUGUGUAUACACAGCUAAGUUCUAAAGAACAUGUUUAAUUGUUGAAUUCAUUUUAUACUAUUUGCUUGAUUCUAAAGAAUUUCUAAAGCUGCUAAAAAUGGAAAAGCUGUAUGUGAGCAUCCAUUUAUUUUUUACUAUUUAUACUAUACAAAUGUAUUUCAUUGUCUUUAUUUCUAUCUUAUUUGGAUCAAAAUUGUCAGGUUGUAAAAAUGUGAUGAUAUAAAAUAAACAAAUUAUUUUUAGAAAAUAUUUACAUCUUUUGUUAAUUAGAUUGAUUUUGCAUAGCCUUGAAUCCGUUUGUGAAUGUGUGACUGUGAUAUUUUGUUAGUAAGGCUUAAUAUGUCAGAUGGGAUGAUGAGUAAGUCUAUAUCAUUUGAUCAUUCAAUAUGUUUGUAUUUGGAUUGAUACAUGUAUGUAUUGACAUGUGCAUUUGGCAUGGUUUAUUGUUCGUACAAGUAAUUUAUGUAAGAACUUACAGAUGUAUUGUAUAUUUAUAUAUUCCUGGUGGUUGUUUGACUUAUUUUCUUUUUUAAUGCCACCUUCUUUGCUUUAAUAUUUAAGGUUUUGGGUGCUUCUGCCAUUCAUGUGUUACAAUUAAUUGGUUUUGAAGCGGAAAUAGACUGUGAAAACGUGCGUAUUAAAUUAUUCCUUAAUAAAUUGCCAUAUAAAAGUAAACACCAAUUUAAUGGAGGAUUCACAAAAAAUAAUGAUGAAUGAGAAGUGGUUUUAAAGGUUUAUUAUUGCCACAUAGGACACCAUUUUUGCUCAGAAUAGAAUAUGCAUUGAAGAAAUUUCUUUGAGUUUCAAAAUGACUGAAUAAAUGUGACGAUGUCUGUUUGUUAAUAUGGUAAAUAACCUAAAUUAAAAAAAAUAAUUAGACAAAAUCAAUUAUUCAGUAUCGUGAUGAGAUUUUUGUUGUAAGAAUACAUAUUCCAUUGUUAAAAGGCUUAACGCUUAACACCCCAAAUACCAGCAAAGGACUGAAAAAGAACUACCAAGCCAAACAUUCCAAUAAAAAGAUAUUGCAGAAAAUCCACAUUUAAUCCAGCAUUUAAAUAAUAUCCCAAGGUUUUUAGAUAAUUAUUUGAAAAUUUUAAACUGUAUUCCCUCCUAUAUCAAGACAGGUAUAAGUGACUGGUAACCACCUUUGUAAUGGCAACAGUUCUUAGUUUUGUAAUGAUUUGGCUGGACCAGUGAAUGUACGGGUAUGUUAGUUUUUAAUACACUCCAGAUUUACCAGUUGAACUAAACUGUAUAUUCUUUAUAUUUCUAUUACUUAAUCUUGGCACUUUGUGUUUUUUGUUUUGUUAAUUUUGUUCACAUUUUUGUUCACAAAUGUACCUUAAUAUUUCCAUACUUUACUGAAUAAUAAAUCGCUUGGAAAUAGCUCGUUUUAUGUUGGAUUUUUCCAUAAAAAAUUGAAAACAUAUACAUAUCAAUAUAUUGAAUAUGUUUGACACUAAUAUACUAUUAAGACAUGUAGGAAUAUUCUCAAAUUCAAAAAAUUUCAUCAGUGACCUUGACCUUAAAGAGAGCAACAUAAUUGCACGGGACAGGGCCUCUUGAUAUGAUGCUAUGAGAUCUAAAUAUAUGAUCCAUGAUAAUUUAUUUCAAAAUCACAUGAUGAACAGGAAAGUUAUGAACCUUGUGGGAACACAUAAUCUUAGUAUGAACAUGUAAUAAAUAUUGGAAAAUUUCUAAAGUGUUUUCUUAGACCUUGACAUUUAAGCCAGCACAAUGGUUUUGUAAUAUUUGGUUUUUAACCCUUAAAGUGCUUUCAAGUGUAUUAUUUGUCAGUAAUGAAUUGUUAUAUGAUAAACAAAAGUAAUACUGUUAGUUUACUGAAACUGAUGUACAAUUAUGAAUACAUACAUAAUCUGCAUGAAAAUUGAAUUGAAAAUUGUUUUGUAUACAUGAAGAUCUAUAAAUGGACUGAACAAAGGAUCAUUUCCCUAUAAAUAUGAAUGGUUACAAUGGUAAUAAUAAGUGUAAUAGUGUAAUAUAAUCAAUUUUUUAAUGAAGUGCAUGUUUUUAUUCAUAGAUGUAUGCAAGUCCUUAAAACAUUUUUAACAAACAAACACAGAACAUAAUCAAAAUUUGAGUAUAGGUACAGAACAAAUAUACCACACAUUGCAACAUUUUACAGAUAUUGAAAAAUGUUCAAACAAUAGAAUGAGAAACAGAGAAAAACUAUUGCUGUUAUUUUAAAAUGACCAGUGUUACUUGGAAUAUAUUCUAUGUAUAAAGAGUUGUUUAAAUAAGUAAAUAUUGUGAUUAUGUUGCCAUGGUAACACAAUUGAAAAAUUAAAAAGGUAGAACAUUCUUAUUUGGUUAAUUGAUACAAUUUUACAUACUGGUAUGUUUUGGUCUUUUUUCUGCAGCUGUCUAAACAUUAAUUCACAAGUUUAUUUUCCAGUGAACUAAAAGGGAAUAUUUGAAUGCCAUUUUCAUCAGAAGUAAUAACACAAUUAAACAUCCUAGAACAAACUGAAUUUUUAUUAGCAAUAUCAGGGUGAUAGGUGAAAUGAUAAAUAGUUGACCAACUUUGUCACAGAUCGAAAAUUUUGGAAAACAUGUUGAUCAAAUUCAACGUUUCAAAACAGUAUUAGGAUAAUGUUUCUAGGUAAAUUUGGAUACCAUCACCAUAAAAUCAGAAUGUUUAAUAUAUAGCCUUUAAGCUAUAGAUGGUUGGCUUUUGAAUAUUUGCAAUCAUUAUGUCAGACAUCGGUAAUUUUUCUUAAUUCUAUUACACAAGAAUCUCACAAUCACACAAAGGACUGUGGCUGUAAGGUGCUAUAACGUCUUCUAUUUUAAGUAACAUCCAUUUCAUUUUCAAACAGUGUUAAUGAGGACUUCAUAAGGCUGCACGAGGCAUAAUAUUUUUAGCAAAAUAAUAGUUUUUUUUUAAAUGAUAAGCUACAUUCCAGUAGUAAGUUUUAAUGUUGGAACAUGUAAAAUAAAUAUGUUGACUUUUAUAUGAUGCAUGAAUAAAUGUCAUAUUAUUCUAAAACAUUCUUUACAUCUUUUGUUAAUUUUGAAUAGCCUUGAAUCCGUUUGUGAAUGUGUGACUGUGAUAUUUUGUUAGUAAGGCUUAAUAUGUCAGAUGGGAUGAUGAGUAAGUCUAUAUCAUUUGAUCAUUCAAUAUGUUUGUAUUUGGAUUGAUACAUGUAUGUAUUGACUUGUGCAUUUGGCAUGGUUUAUUGUUCGUACAAGUAAUUUAUGUAAGAACGUACAGAUGUAUUGUAUAUUUAUAUAUUCCUGGUGGUUGUUUUACUUAUUUUCUUUUUUAAUGCCACCUUCUUUGCUUUAAUAUUUAAGGUUUUGGGUGCUUUUGCCAUUCAUGUGUUACAAUUAAUUGGUUUUGAAGCAGAAAUAGCCUGUGAACACGUGCGUAUUAAAUUAUUUCUUAAUAAAUUGCCAAAUAAAAGUACACACCAAUUUAAUGGAGGAUUCACAAAAAAUAAUGAUGAAUGAGAAGUGGUUUUAAAGGUUUAUUAUUGCCACAUAGGACACCAUUUUUGCUCAGAAUAGAAUAUGCAUUGAAGAAAUUUCUUUGAGUUUCAAUCUUUGAGUUUCAAAAUGACUGAAUAAGUGUGACGAUGUCUGUUUGUUAAUAUGGUAAAUAACCUAAAUUAAAAAAAAAAUAGACAAAAUCAAUUAUUCAGUAUCGUGAUGAGAUUUUUGUUGUAAGAAUACAUAUUCCAGUUUUAAAAGGCUCAACGCUUAACACCCCAAAUACCAGCAAAGGACUGAAAAAGAAUUACGAAGCCAAACAUUCCAAUAAAAAGAUAUUGCAGAAAAAACGUACACAUUUAAUCCAGCAUAUAAAUAAUAUCCCAAGUUUUUUAGAUAAUUAUUUGAAAAUUUAAAACAGUAUUCCCUCCUAUAUCAAGACAGGUAUAAGUGACUGGUAACCACCUUUGUAAUGGCAACAGUUCUUAGUUUUGUAAUGAUUUGGCUGGACCAGUGAAUGUACGGGUAUGUAAGUUUUUAAUACACUCCAGAUUUACCAGUUGAACUAAACUGUAUAUUCUUUAUAUUUCUAUUACUUAAUCUUGGCACUUUGUGUUUUUUGUUUUGUUAAUUUUGUUCACAUUUUUGUUCACAAUUGUACCUUAAUAUUUCCAUACUUUACUGAAUAAUAAAUCGCUUGGAAAUA